UGGGACGAAAAAAAAGAAGAAAAACACAACAAAAAUGGACGCCAAAACCGAGAUCCGCUCGAAACCGAUCCUUAGCCCAACUCGAUCACUCGACGAGGGUUUCGAGAGCGAUCCGGAUCGCAUCUCGACCGAUUCGGAGUUAGCACCGACCCAACCGACUCCAGCGUUCGAUGUGUUGCAGCGUACCGAUCGCGAUGGUGUCCAACACACGCAGAUCGCUCGCCGGCCGUCUCCUAGUGCCCAGGACACUCCCGCACCACCAGCAGCACCCACGAAAGAUAGCGGGCCAGAGAGCAUCAUCUGUCUCGAGGGUGAAAUCGAGAAAGAGCUCCGAACGAAGCUGGAAAAAACCACACUAGGACGGCCUCCAACAGGGCUGCCUAAGGCGACUGCUUCGGUGGCUGGGCAGCAGAUCCGCUACCGGCGGAUAAAAACACGUGCUCCACCACCUCCUAUCGGGUCGUACUACUACCAGAAGCGAUCAGCAUCGGUAGACAGCGUGAACAGAGCCAGUGGCAUCAACCAUGGGCCCAACAGCUUAUACAGCCUCGCGCUCGAUCCGGGCAGUUCGGCGAAUCUACACCUCGAUCUAGCCGCACCAGGUUCAACACCCACCCAUGACGUCAUGUCCGGUCGGUUUGUCCGGGUGACGGUUGAUCCACGCCACCACCAGCCACCACUGCCCGGGCCACCAACCGUGCCCACUUUGAACCAGUUCCGUUUGGCGUCCCUGUCGACGAACAACAUCUACAAGUACUGUCACUCGCCGGCACCCAUUUCCGGGCACUACCACCAACAACAGCAACAGCAACAGAUCCACCCGCAACACCACCAUUAUCCCUUGCAUCACCACCAUCUGCAGACGCACCACGGGCACCAUCUGAGCUAUAUUCCGACGCCGGUUGGCUCGAGUGCGGGUGUGUCCGGAAGCCGCAACAAUCUCUACUCGCUACCAUCACAGUACGGGUUGAGUGCUGCUGUUGCUGCUGGCGCCUCGCAGCAGUCGGGUGGCGCUGCAACACCAGCAGGUUCGUCCUCGGCGCAACCACCCUCAGCAGUCCUGCCGGCGGGAUCAUCAACCGGACCGGCGGGCAGGAAUUAUCAACACUUUAAUCACGUCCCCGUUUGCUGGACCCAGUCGAUACCCAGACAAACGCGAAGAUACAUCACCCCCACGACGCUGCCGCAGGUGAUUGCACCAUCGAACAAAUCCACCGGCACCGGCAUAUCGCAGAAGCUGCGCGACCUGGCGACCUCGGCCGGUUUGCUGACCGCUAAACCGCGCCCGCCACUGAAACCGGUCAUCAAGACGCGUGGCUCCAAUAGUACCGAGUUCCCGAAAAAAGUCACAUUCAGUGCUUUUGCAACCGUGCAGGUUGUUUGAGGACACCAUCGCGAGACCCAUCCGACAGAAGGACCUACCAUUUAAAAGGACUCCCAAACCGGGCGGAAUAUCAACUAUUUCUCCACGCCAC